AUGACAGUGUUUCCUGAGGAAGUGUGGGAUUCGAUGGACGCACGCGAAAUUCGAGGCACAGAUGGUCAGCUUUUCCCACCUCUUCUUCAAGAGGGUAGACAAAUAGAAGUUUUUGCUGGUCCAAUCUGCAGGACAGUAACAAUGCAAUUCCGUGAACGCUCUGAUUUUCGCGACAUAGCUGCUUUCCGUUACGGUUUUCCUUCGGAUAUUUACGACCCAAAUGUGCCUGAGAACCGCGGAUACUGUAAUAAAAAGAACACACCUGCAUACUUCAAUACCACUGUGCAAAUUCCUGGCUGUCUACCGAAGGGGUUGCUUGACAUUAGUCGUUGCCUACCAGGAUCGCCACGUGUUUACAUCUCGCAGCCUCACUUCUUCAAUGCUCAUCGCGCAGUUAUCUCCUCUGUUGACGGCAUGCGGGCACCAAGCAAGAAAGACGACGAUACUUUUGUAAAAGUAGAGCCAACCAGUGGUGUCCCAAUCCACGCGAAUAAACUCACGCAAAUCAACAUCGGAAUGACGAAAGGGGAACUUUACAUCCUCCCAUAUAUGAAGAAUAUGAUCUAUCCUACGCUAUGGAUGAACGAAACGGCCGUAUUUGAUGACAGGACAAGGAAUCAACUGGAUGGACUCAUGUUUGCUAAGCAUUUCACACAUGUAAUAGGAGUGACGUUCCUCACAAUUGGCCUAAUCGGUUUCUUUGCGAUUGUGGCCACAGUCGUCCUUUACACUGUACUUAAG